AGACCACACCUCCUUUUACUUUCUGACAGCAUGAACUCUGCCCAAGAGUGGACUUUGAGAGUGUAGUGGUUUCAGGAAACACUACCAAGGCCUCAGCCAAAAUCAUGGACCCAACACUGAUUGUGGUGGCAGCAUGUGUACUUGUAGCCACAGUGCUGUUCUUCAUUCUCCAAUCUUCUGGUGGUGAAAAGAAAAAAAACCUGCCAGUCACUCUCCAGGAUCCUGCAGUAAAAUAUCCUCUCCGCCUCACUGACAAACAGGAAAUCAACCACGAUACAAAGAAAUUUCGCUUUGGCCUUCCCUCUGAGUCCCAUAUCCUUGGGCUGCCAGUUGGUCAGCAUGUGUAUCUAUCAGCAAAAGUCAAUGGCUCUCUUGUGGUUCGAGCAUACACCCCAGUGUCCAGUGAUGAAGACCAGGGCUACGUGGACCUUGUUGUGAAGGUGUACUACAAGAAUGUGCACCCCUCAUAUCCAGAAGGAGGAAAGAUGUCUCAGUAUUUGGACAACAUGGCCAUUGGAGACAGCAUUGAUUUCAGAGGCCCCAAUGGACUUCUGAUUUACAAAGGCAAUGGAAAGUUUUCCAUCAGACCAGACAAGAAGUCAGAGCCAGAAAUAAAGAAGUUUAAGCACGUGGCUAUGAUUGCUGGAGGAACAGGGAUCACUCCAAUGCUCCAGUUGGUUCGCAGGAUCACAGCAGACCCCUCCGACAAUACCAAAUGCUCACUCAUAUUUGCCAAUCAGACAGAGAAGGAUAUUUUAUUGAGAGAAGAGUUGGAGGAGGUAAAGAAGAACCAUCCUGACCAGUUCAGCCUGUGGUACACACUGGACAAACCUCCACAGGACUGGAGCUACAGUUCAGGGUUCGUGACAGCGGACAUGAUCAAGGACCACCUCCCUGCUCCCUCCAGUGAUGUCCUGGUUGUGUUGUGUGGUCCCCCACCUAUGAUACAGUAUGCAUGUUUGCCAAACCUGGACAAGCUGGGUCACAAAGCUGAUAAUAUUUUUGCAUACUGAUUUGGCUAACACAGAAACAACCAACUUUGAAUGUCUGUUUGUUAUUUUAUACUUGACAUUUGUAACUAUGUGAAAUAAAGCACAUUUUCACACAA